AUGUCAAAAUAUAAGACAUCUGGAUACAAAGGUGCAUAUGACUAUGGAAAAAGUGAGGAGCGGGAAGGAAAGACUUGUGUGCAUUACAAAUGUGGCCUACUCAACACCAUACAGGAUGUCCUGCGGCAAAGACCAGGCUGGGUUGAAGUCAAAGAUGAUGGAGAAUGGGACUUCAACUGGUGUGAUGUGGGCUGGCUAAGGGAGAAUUUUGAUCAUUCCUACAUGGAGGAACAUGUAAAGAUAAACCACUUCCGCAACCAUUAUGAGCUGACUCGCAAAAACCUCAUGGUGAAAAACCUUAAAAGAUACCGGAAGAAUCUUGAGAGAGAUGUAGGCCGCCUGGAGGCAUCCAAAUGUGAUUUUUUCCCCUGCACCUUUGCACUGCCCAGCGAGUAUCAUCUCUUUGUAGAGGAAUUUAAAAGAAGCCCUGGCAGCACCUGGAUCAUGAAGCCAGUAGCAAAAUCUCAAGGGAAAGGCAUCUUCCUGUUCAGGAAACUGAAAGACAUCAUGGAUUGGAAGAAGGAUGGCACCCGCUCAGAGGAGCAAAAGGAUGCAGCUCAAGUGGAAAGCUAUGUGGCCCAGCGCUAUAUAGAGAACCCCUACCUAAUUAAUGGCAGGAAAUUUGAUCUGAGGGUCUAUGUCCUAGUCACAUCUUAUGUUCCCUUGACAGCAUGGCUGUAUCGAGAUGGCUUUGCCCGCUUCUCAAGCACCCGCUUCUCCCUUAGCAGUAUUGAUGACAAGUAUAUGCACCUCACCAAUGUGGCUGUUCAAAAAACAGCACCCGACUAUGAUCCCGAAAAGGGAUGUAAAUGGCAGAUACAGCAGCUUCGAAGGUACCUAACUGCAAAGCAUGGUAGAGAGACGGUAGAAACCCUAUUUAAAGAGAUGGAUAACAUCUUUGUCCGCAGCCUACAGAGUGUACAAAAAGUCAUUAUAAAUGACAAACACUGCUUUGAACUCUAUGGGUAUGACAUUCUAUUGGAUCAGAACCUCAAACCGUGGUUAAUUGAGGUGAAUGCCUCCCCGUCACACACACCCAGUAGUCAAGAGGAUUAUGAGAUGAAGUGCAGACUGCUGGAAGACACUUUGAAUGUUGUCGACAUGGAGGGAAGGUUGACUGGCAAGGAGAAAAGGGUGGGUGGCUAUGAUCUUAUGUGGAAGGAUGGGCCUGUUUAUCGAGAGGACGUCAACCUAGAAACAUUUGGCAGUUCAUGUUUCACUGCAAACACACACUUAGGGUGUGUGAAUGACAGAGAAAAGCAGCUUCGCCAGCUACUAAAACCAUUUCCAGGUCAGAGGAGGAUUUAA